GUGGCUAUCAAACUGUUUUUGUCUUUAGGUAACUGUAGGUCGAGGAUUUGGUCUCACCUACCAGCUGGUCUCAAAAACCUGCCCACUGAUGAUCUCUCGUUACCACUGUGCUUUCAAACAGAAUGCACAAGGCCAGUGGACAGUGACGGACAACAAGAGUCUAAAUGGUGUUUGGCUGAAUAAGGAACGUCUUGAUCCAUUCAAGGCCUACACAAUAGGUGAAGGAGACCAUAUUCAACUAGGAGUGCCUUUGGAUAACAAAGAGACUGCUGAAUAUGAGUAUGAAGUGAUUAAGGAAGAAUGGGAGAAAGUUUGCCCAUUUUUAGCUCCAAGAAAUGACCAAGUGAUGGGGAAAGCUAAGGGUGCAAGAACUAAACGUAAGCUUAGUUUGGAGGAAUCGGAAGCAUCUGGAGCAGAAGGCCCUUCAGAUUCCCGAUCUAAAAGGGACAGAGUGUCCUGCGAUAGUGAACCUUUGAGUAAAUCACAGGAAAGGGCAGAACUGGCCAAACAACAAACAGAAAACAUGGAUGUCAAGCUACCUUCUCCUGGACCAAGCAUGGAGGAGGAUGACGCUCCAAUGUAUUGUAUUCCUGUGAACUCUGAGAAAGCUGUAUCUCUUAGGCAUAAGGACCAGAAAGCCUCUAGUCUGGCACAGUCUUGGACUGGUUUGGAAAUGCUGAGGAAAACCCUCGGUGAUAUAAUGAAGCUGAAAGUCAAGAUGGAGGAGAAGAAGACAGCUAUUUUGAGUGUGAGGAAGAGCAGGAAGUCUGGUCAAAAAGAAAUCAAGGUGAUGGAACAGGAGCUGCAGGAAUUGCAGAACCAGUUGUGCACUGAACAGGAACAUCAGCAGCAGAGGGUGGAACAGUUGGAGAGGACAUUCUAUGAGGAGCAGCAGCAGCUCCUGGAGGGAGUGAAGAAGCAGCAAGGCGAAGAGAAUCUGAAGGAGCAACUGGCCCAGGUUCUGCAGGAGCAUCGUGCUCUGAUGGAUGAGCUGAGCCGUAGCAAGAAGGAUUUUGAAGAGAUCAUUCAAGCUAAGAAUAAAGAAUUGGAAGAAACUAAGGAGGAGAAAGAGAAGGCAAGAGCACAAAAAGAGGAGGUUUUGAGUCAGAUGAAUGAUGUACUGGAAAAUGAGCUGCAGUGCACAAUCUGUUCUGAAUACUUUAUUGAGGCUGUCACUCUGAACUGUGCACACAGCUUCUGCUCCUAUUGCAUCAAUGAAUGGAUGAAACGUAAAGUGGAAUGUCCCAUCUGUAGGCGGGAGAUACAGUCCAAGACACGAUCCCUGGUUCUGGACAACUGCAUAGACAGGAUGGUAGAAAACUUGAACUUGGAGAUGAAGGAGCAUCGCUUGGCUCUCAUCCGAGAGCGCAAAGUAAAAAUGAAGAGACGAGCAGAGACCGAAUUUAGCAUCAACCAGAAGAAGCAGAAAAAGAGGGCAGAAGAUCUGGGAUUGAACCUCAGUUCCACUUCCGAUGAUGAACCUCCAUUUAGUAAUCAUGCAACUCAAGAGUCUUCCAGUAGCGGCAGCGGCUCUGACAGUGAGAGCGAGGAGAAGCGACCUGUCUUUGGCUCUGACAGCAAUGAGUUCAAAGCAGACUCUCUUGUGGAGGGCACCUCCUCACGCUACUCCAUGUAUAACAGCGUCUCCCAAAAGCUCAUGGCCAAGAUGGGCUUCCGGGAAGGAGAAGGUCUGGGGAAAUACAGCCAGGGAAGGAAAGAUAUCGUUGAGACCUCCAAUCAAAAGGGAAGGAGAGGCUUGGGACUGACCCUGAAAGGCUUCGAUGGGGAUCUGAACAUUGACUGGCGGGAUGAGCCAGAGCAGGCUGGUGCCUUUGAACAGGUGAGCUGGUUCCCAGAAUGCACCACUGAAAUCCCAGAUGCCCACGAGAUGAAGAAUUGGAUGACCGUGGGGAAGAGGAAGAUGGUGAUUGAAGAUGAAACAGAAUUCUGUCACGAAGAGCUUCUGCACAGUGUCCUGCAGUGCAAGAGUGUGUUUGAUGAGCUGGAUGGAGAGGAGAUGCGUCGAGCCCGGACAAGGUCCAACCCCUACGAGAUGAUCCGGGGAGUCUUCUUCCUGAACAGAGCGGCGAUGAAGAUGGCGAACAUGGACUAUGUCUUCGACCACAUGUUCACGAACCCGAAGGACUCUCAUGGGAAGCCCCUAAUAAAGGAACGGGAUGCAGAGCUGCUUUACUUUGCUGAUGUGUGCGCCGGCCCCGGGGGCUUCUCAGAGUAUGUGCUCUGGAGGAAGAAGUGGCACGCAAAGGGGUUCGGCAUGACCUUGAAAGGACCAAAUGACUUUAAACUGGAAGAUUUUUAUUCUGCCUCCAGUGAGCUCUUUGAGCCUUAUUACGGAGAGGGUGGGAUUGACGGAGAUGGAGACAUCACCCGCCCAGAAAACAUCACUGCAUUCCGAAAUUUUGUUUUGGACAACACCGAUCGCAAGGGGGUGCAUUUCUUAAUGGCAGAUGGGGGUUUCUCUGUGGAGGGUCAGGAGAACCUGCAGGAAAUUCUAAGCAAACAGUUGUUGCUUUGCCAGUUCCUUACAGGACUCUCUAUCAUCCGGACAGGAGGACACUUUAUCUGCAAAACCUUUGACUUGUUCACGCCAUUUAGCGUGGGGCUUAUAUAUUUGCUGUACUGCUGCUUUGAGCGAGUGAGUCUCUUUAAACCUGUGACGAGCCGUCCUGCUAACUCAGAGAGGUAUGUCGUGUGUAGAGGGCUGAAGUCAGGCAUCGAUGAUGUGCGGGAAUACCUCUUCAUGGUGAACAUCAAACUCAACCAGCUGCGCAACUCUGACCUGGAUGUAAAUCUUGUUGUUCCCAUGGAAGUGAUUAAGGGUGACCAUGAGUUUUAUGACUUCAUGGUCCAGUCAAAUGAAAGCCACUGUAAAGUUCAGAUCAAAGCACUAGCAAAAAUUCACGCCUUUGUUCAAGACACGACCCUGAGUGAGCCACGGCAGGCUGACAUUCGAAAGGAGUGCCUCCGGCUGUGGGGGAUUCCAGAUCAGGCCCGAGUUGCUCCAUCCUCCUCGGAUCCCAGGUCCAAGUUCUUUGAGCUCAUCCAGGGAACAGACAUUGAUAUCUUUAGUUUUAAACCAACACCACUCAACUCAAAAACCCUGGAGAAGAUCCGCCAUGUUUUAGAUUACAGAUGUAUGGUAUCUGGAAGUGAACAGAAGUUUCUGCUAGGGUUGGGGAAAUCCCAGAUCUACACGUGGGAUGGUCGCCAGUCAGAUCGCUGGAUGAAACUGGACCUGAAAACUGAGCUGCCGCGGGAUACCCUUCUCUCCGUGGAGAUUGUUCAUGAGCUAAAAGGAGAGGGGAAAGCCCAGCGAAAGAUCAAGGCCAUCCAUAUCCUGGAUGUCUUGGUGCUGAAUGGCAAUGAUGUCCGAGAGCAGCACUUUAACCAGCGGAUUCAGCUAGCAGAGAAGUUUGUCAAAGCUGUUUCCAAACCUAGCCGGCCGGAUAUGAACCCCAUCCGGGUGAAGGAGGUGUACAGACUGGAGGAGAUGGAAAAGAUUUUUGUACGGUUAGAGAUGAAGAUCAUCAAGAGCUCCGGUGGAAUACCACGGCUGUCCUACACGGGCCGGGACGACAGGCACUUUGUGCCCAUGGGACUCUACAUAGUCAGGACUGUGAACGAUCCUUGGACAAUGGCGUUCAGCAAAAACUCCAAGAGGAAAUUUUUCUAUAACAAGACAACCCAUGAGUCGACAUACGAUCUCCCUCAUGAAUCCAUCGCACCCUUUCACAUCUGCUAUUUCAGCCGUCUCUUCUGGGAAUGGGGGGAAGGGGUCAAAGUGCACGACUCCCAGAAAAGGCAAGAUGCGGAGAAGCUGUCCAAGGAGGAAGUCCUUUCUUUCAUCCAGGCGCACUACCCCUGAUCCCCCAGCGUGAACUCUCUGGGGACUGACUGAUGAGAGGGGAGGCAAAGACAGGAGGAGGGAGUCUUCCAUCCAGGAGCUGCAGGCCUUCUGUGGAGGAGAACUGAUUCCUGGGGGUUGGAGGGUGGGGUUUGGUGCUCAGAAGAAGUGGGAUAAAGCCCCAGCCUGUGAGUACCAGUUUAUACAAGUAUCUGGCCCAGGCAGCAGCGGCGGUAGGUGCCUCAGAGGUGAGAUACCAGGAGCCAUGGUCUGAUGCUCCUCUGUGCUAUCCCACUGCAUUCCUGGCAGCUUUCCCCACUCGUGCUCCGAACUUCAUCCAGGUGUCUGCUCUCCGAGUUCCACUGCUACAUGUGCGGAGCAAUUAGGAGGCUGCAUACUGUUCCCUGGCAGCACUGAGAGAAAAGGACAGUGGUCACAGGAUGUAGGGAGGUCUGUACCUGGGAAGAGUGCAUUUAGAAGGCCUUGCCGCUCUCCCGGCAGCCACCUCUGUCUCCUUCGCCUCGAGCCAGUGGGCUUUUGUUAAAUACAGGGAUGGCUCAUUGGGAAGUGCAGGCUCUUGGCAUGUGAGGAUAGUCACUUUUUGCCAGUGGCUCCAGCACUUCCGCCCCAGAGGCACUGGGCAGGUUGUGAGGAGUUCUUGGGUGCUAGCAUUUUGGUGGAAGGAAGCCAGUCCUCAUGGCAGGAGAUCACUGACUCCAAGCCAGCAGCCUAGGUGUGAGCACAUGAAUCUGCCCUAGGAUAAUGCUGAGAUGUUUUGCUUUUUUCAGUGCUCAAAACCAUCCCCCAGUUUCCGUCUCUCAUUACCCCUCCAUGUGUGUUCAGUGAUGAAAGCAAAACGGGGAAGGGACCGUGACUCUUACCAUGCUGGUUAGUCAAAAGACAAGCAAUCCCACAACCAUUGUAGGAGAAACCCAUCUUUCCUGUUUGAAUCACAGAACAGGCUUUACCCCCUGCCCUCCCCUCCAGACCUAGAGCCAUGUCUGUAGCAAAAGGCACAGCCCUGGGAUUCUAGCAUGGCAGCAGGACAUUUGUGUUUCAGCAGAUCACAGUUCAAAAUCAUGACUCAUUUCAGUGCUAGGCCCGCUACACAAAGCCACCCCAAAGAGCAGGACUGCCCUCAUUGCCUGUUUUAACUUUGUGCUGGCCUUCAGAAAUGCCUCUGGCCUAGGCUCACACGUGGAUCAGAAGUUAAUAGGUGGUUGGCUGCUUCGAUCCAUGCAGUCACUUAUUUUUUCUUACACGGGUUGGCAAUAAGGGAAAAGCUGACUUGGGGGUUGCCUAGACUGUGCCUUAAAGAGAACUGUGUAUCUCUUGGAAACUAGAGGCAACCUUUCAGAUUCUCAUCCCCUCUUCAUCCUCCCCAGGCCAGUGCAGGAUGUGACUGGGUCUUUAUCGUAGAACAUGGGGAGUUCAGCUCGGGCAGAAGUAUACAUUUGGGUGAGAGUCACCUCAUAACCAAGGGCAGCACAAGGACUGGGCAUCACUUAAGUUACAUUUUACCUCUAUGAACCUCAUUAGGGCUUAAGUGGUGUGCAGGGUAACUUUCACCCUGAGCUCAUAGGCCUUUGCUUUCCCAGCUCACAGUGUUCCAUGUCUGCAUGAUCAGUUGGUGGUCAGGCAUCUGUUAGUCCCCCAGUUGCUUAGUGUAAUUGAGUUUAGCCAUUGCUGGUUUCUUUGCUCCUCUUUGUAACAUGGAUCUGCAUGUUGAGGCUUGAUUGCUGCAGCAUGGUGAUUGUCACAGCUCAUCUUGCCUUGGACUGGGCUGUCAUUGCAUGGGGAAACUCAGCUUUCAACUUUGGAAAGUGGUGGGAGCCCACGUUGGACUUGGGUAUCCCCUGUUGGGCCCAGAAGAGCCCCGCUGCCCAAGUGUAUUUAGAACACUGCCUUCUGCAAGCGCAGGCUUUGUGGCCUUUUCAUGAAGGUGGCUAAGGACAUGACAGACCUAGUUGCCCUGUGCCCUGUAGCAGGCAAGGGGAAGGUUUGCCAGCCCAUCCGAGAGCUGGAUGUGAGACUGCCCCAGAGUCAUGGGAGCAUGUGGCCUAAGAGCAGCCCUUCUGGAGAGGACAGCAGCCCCACCCAGUGCAGUUAUUGGCUACCUGGUAUUUAUUGAAGGCUCCUCCAUGAGGAGCAGUGAGGAGGUUCCACAGGUGGGGAAGGAGGUGCCUCUGACCAGGCAGCCAUCAUGCCAGCAAGAAGCCCAGGAGCCUUCCUGGAGCCUAUUCCUUUUUCUCUUGGGCUUUUACUGUGUCUUCGGCACCCACAAGGGUGUGCCCCCCACUAAGGCCUUGGCCCCUUCCUGUUUGUGGGGCUAGAGGUGUCCCAUAGAAAACAUACCAUGACUAAUCUAGGUCUCCCAUUAGCCUUUAUCUGGUACUGGAACCCAGGGGUGCAGAAGAAACCCAAGCCGCCUGCAGGCAGCUGAGAGACUGCCUGCUUUCCCCCUUGCCCCAAUUUGCUUUGCUUUUAGUCGCUUGUAUUUUUUAAAAGGAGAUGUAUUUUUGGAUGCACUGAACCACACCUCCCAGCCACUGGUGGGAGGGCAGCACCAGCACCUCACUACUGCUUCCCUGCAGCAGGGAGAAUGCAGAGGGAGAAGGUUUUAUCCCAUGUCCACCUCUGGCUCAAGACUCUCCUAUCCCCAUUGCUCCUCCAGGCCUGGGAACUUGUGACUUGCUUUGAAAUGCCCUAAAGGAACUGAUCAGAGUUGAAAGGCCCAGAACCCCAAGAGGUCAAAACCACAUAUGUGCCGCUUUGUGUGGAUCGGCGCCGCUCAGCCCUGGCGGGGAGGAGGGUGUGGAAGGGGGAUUCAGUCUGAUCAUGUAGGCCAGUGAAUGUCUCGGUAUGAAAGGGAUGAUAGAAAAUGAGCCAGGGGCUGACCCAAGUUGCACUCUCCUGUUAGCUCCUGGGGGAGGAGAAGAAAGGUCUCACUGGAGGGAAUGUUUACAUCUGUUGAUUGCACAUUUUAUUGUAUUAGGCUGUGUAUCAUUUUGUGUUAAUUUCUCUGCUUUCAUUGUCUGUGUAUUACCAAUACAGUCCUUUAAUUCACAAA